CGCGAGAGUGGGCGGCGAGGGAUGAAAUGUAAAAAAUUCUUUCAAGAGAAUGCCUAACCACGAUGGCGGAAUAGGAAGACGCUUUGUGGCGGAGCCGCUACGGAAUUACGGCGUGGAAUGUGGCCGGAGACCGUCGAUGCUUAAAAUGAAGUCCUGGUCGGCUGCCAGGAUCAUAUUCACGGAGUCGCGCGCGAGAAAGAGAGAGAUCGAUCAGUCGACCCUUCUCCACGUUGAAUCGAGGAAAACUGCGCAGUUCUCCGUCUAUCGCGAAAGUAAUCCUAGAGCAUCACGCUCUGGGGUAGUUCCCAACUUAGCAGCCGACUUCAGAGAAUUCUUAAAAAGGACUCUCAAAUAAGAAAAUAUUUGGAGCGGACUACUGACAGAGACGAUACGCAGCGUAGUUUAUUUUUGUUAUGACCAGCGCUUGUGCGUGUCUAGGCUGUUACGUAAGAUCGAUAAGCACCGUAUUAAAUUUUCAGAUACGCAAUUAGAUUAGAUAUCGCGAGUUCAUGCAAAACUCGCAAAACUUCUUCGCGUGCAAAAACCAUCGACAACUAUUUCCUUUAUUAGCGUCACCUAUUCGAUACGCUUAUUAACAGUUUAUUACACUUAUAAGUUUUGCAGCUUGCAUACAUUAAAAUUAAAUCUCAUCGAUAAUUGCUGAUGUGUAUAAUUGUGUAACGAACUUUCCGCGAACAUCAGAAGCAACGCCAAUAUUGCGAUAAGAAAGAAAAAUAUUUUUAAAAGCUAAGAGAUGAACGUAUUUUUUUACAAGGUUACAACUUUGUAUAAAUAACUCUGCUAUCAACGUAGUUGCCGAUAAUAAUAGUCUUUACAUGCCGGUAAAACGUUAAGGAUCUUUUUACCAAUAUUUAUCAUCG